GUGAUUUUCAAUAAAAAUAAUCACAACAAUGAUAAUGCUUAAUUAAUAACAAAAUUAUGGAUUUUGCUUUCCUGACAUGAAAUUAGCGAAUAAAAGAAUAGAAAGAAUGACACCUGCGCUCGAUGAACGUCAAAAACUGUUCUAUGAUAUCGUUCAUAGUUAAUUGUUAUGAUGAAAAAAUAAACAUCAUUUCAAUAUAUAUUUGCUUUUGGGUUUUGGGGCGUAAAAAAUAAUAUUGUAACGUUCCUAGUUUUUUAAUGGAUUACACUUAAUCGAAAAUCAUCGUCUCAUAGAAGUUUGCAACUAAUCAUUCUAGUUUACGUCAUCGGCCGUCUUUGUUGUAGUUGGGCAGUGAAGGACUGUGCACCCCUGGUAAACAGUGCUUGCUAAGUGACGAGCUGCCUCACACAUUUCUGCAGCACUUUCACUCAUUUUGCUAUGCAGCAUCUUAACUUUCUUUGUCUCUGAAAAUUGCAUAGAUGACGCCAACAGGACAACCUGAAUCCAUGACAAUUCCGGCAGGUAAGACUCCAAUCAGUCACCUGCAGGAAUUGUGUACUAAGCGUGGCCUCACUCCACAGUAUGACUUGAUCUCCAACGAAGGGGCCACUCAUGAGCCCACUUAUAUGAUGCAGGUCACCGUUGGUGAAAUUGUAGCAACUGGAAAAGGAUCUAGUAAGAAGAAGGCUAAGCAUGCCGCCGCAUUAGCAGCUUACAACCAAAUUCUUGGCAUCAAGAGUGAACAGCAACCAGAUGGCAGACAAUCACCUGUUUCAGAGGAAGGCAUUCCUGGAAAUCCAAUUGGUGAACUGCAAGAAUUUGCACAAAAAAAUCUCAUCCGACCCCCUAUUUAUGACCUAGAUAGCCCACAGGGUCCACCUCAUGCUCGUGAAUUUUACUGCACUGUUAAGCUUGGCAAAUUCCAAGAAAGAGGUACUGGACGUUCCAAGAAAAGUGCAAAACGAGCUGCUGCCCACUCUAUGCUGUUGCGUAUCCAAAGCCUACAAGCUGAAGGCACCAAUACUCCUGUCAUCGAGGAUUCUGAAGAAGAUGAGAUCCCUCUUAGUUCAGAACCAAGGCUUUCAUUUUAUUCACACCUAAAGGAGCGUGUUAGUCAUUCUUACUCUAAACCUAAACAAAUAGACAAAGAAAUUCAACAAUUUUAUGACAAAGUAGUCAAUUCUAGUGCUAAGAAGAACAAUUCUUGCAUGGAUGUGAAAAUGAACUAUUGCCAGAUGUUACAAGAAAUUGCUGAAGUACAACGUUUCAUGUUGACUUAUCAUGACCUUUCAGAGAGAACCACUGAAGGUUUCUUCCAAUGUUUUGUCCAAAUGACAGUCGUCCCUGUUGCUGUGUGCCAUGGGACGGGACCAACUAUGGAAGAAGGGCAUGGUAAGGCUGCUCAUAAUGCGCUGCAGUAUUUGAAGGCUGUUAAUAAGACAUAACCAUAUUACCCAGGGAGUUACAUAGCCUCACGCUGUAAAUUGGUAUCAUAGCGGCUCCAUCUAACUUAUGUUUCCUAAUUUAUCUACUCAAUGUUAUGUGUUAUAGGUGAAUGAAUGGACUGUUGGAUAUGGAUGGUUGUAUACUAUGCAUGAGCAUGUUAAGUUUUUACACAAACUUUUUAUCAAUUUACAUCAUGGGCAACUAGUCUGACAGGUUCCAAUUCAAAAUUUGGUGUCUUUCUAUUUUAUUUUGGAACUUUAUUGUCGUAUUUUGCUGCUAUAAGAGUAUUCUUGUGUUCUGGAUAUUACCUGUCCAGUGGUAUUGUAUCUUGUCAUGUGUGUGUGUCAUAUUUAAAGCACCUUUAAAAUUGUCUUUUUCUAGCAGCUUUAUUCAUGAUUUAAAAUGAUUGAAUAGACUAUGAAAAAACAUAAAAGCCCUAUUGUUUUAUUCGUUGUGUUAGAGAGGAUUCUCUAAAGCAGCAAACAAAAUAUUGCUUAAGCUUUUAAAGAAAAUAUUACAGAUUCAACAAACAAAAAAAUAUUAUACAACAUUAGUCAUUUGCUUUUUUGCAAUUUAUUCAAAUACAAAGUAACCUACCCACCUACAAAAAUGGAAAGUUUUAGCUUCAUGUUUUUGAAAAAUCGUCUCACUGUCAUUGUCUUUGCUUUUUUUUUCUUUAUUUUUUUUCUUUUCUUUUUGUUUAUGAUAUUAUUAGCUUUUAACAACUGUUGUCAUUGUUAGUGUCAUUUCCAAGAUUUCCUUAACUUGCUUCAGUGUUGCACAUUUUGCCCUCUGCUGUAUUAAUUUUGGAAAAAAACAAUUAAUAUCAUAAAUCUCUGUAUUUUCGAACUUGCUAAGCAGAGAGUAAACAUUUAAUUAAUUAUUAUUAAUGCUAAUGUUUAAAAAAAAAUUUCCCCUCGAACCAAAGUAUUGAAUUAAACGUCUUCAAUUAUUUACUGGUUCUCUCAAUACUUAUUUCUUUCUUCAUCAUAUAUAUGGGUUUAAGUUUUUCACAUUACGUUAAUAUUUCAAAUUCUUCACUGAGGGCAUGUAAAGUUCAUGCUAUACAUGGAGUUAUUGUGAAUUUUUGCUAUUGUAAUAUUAAUAUACUUAUAAAUAUGCAUAUCUGUUGCUUUGUACUUUUUUUUAAAAGAAAUUUAAUAUCCCCUAUUACUGUAUCAUCUAGUAAGUUAAUCCUAAUUGCUAUUUCUCACUACAAAGCUGUUAGUUUGAAUGUGAUCUAACAUUUGCCUAAGGGGUUAUUUUCAUCUUCAUAUAUACACACACACAUACUCACACACGUUUUGUGUUUCCAUUCAUUUAAGAAGUAUAAGCCCUGAUAGUAUAUUUUACAGUCUGAUUUAUUCCAUCUAUACUUUUCCUCAAAGUGUUUAUAAUUUGGGGAAUGGUCUUAAUCAUGAAAGUUUUAUCAAACUGUCUGGUAAUAAUUUAUUCUCUGAGCAAUUAUUAUAAUUCCUUUCAUUUUCUGUUACAAACUGACACUUCUCAAAAUUGCUUUUAUCUAACAGGUGUUAGGCCAUAACAGUGUAAUGCAGUUAAAUUUCCUGUGAUGUAUUUUAAUGUUCAUUAACAGUUUUGUAAUGAUUUUUUUUUUUUAUAUUUAGAUUUGCAUGAUGAUUUGUUUGUCUCCAUUAGCAUGUAUAAUUAUAAACUUUCCUCUACUCUAUUUCUCUUGAAAAAAUACCAUUUUCAUCCUUUUGGUCAUUUAAAUAAUAAUUUAAUGAUAUCAGAAGGCUGGAAAACACAUUGGCAUUUGUGUUCAGUUUUGUCAUGAAUUAAAAAUUCCUUUUUUUUUAUUAUAUAUAUAUAUAAAUAAAUUGAUAUUUAUAUGUCUGUGUAUACAUAUGCAUAUCUAUAUGUACACAUAUGUACAAAUGCUUGUAUACAUAUUUAUAAUUAUUUAUGUUUAAAUAUGCAUGCACAUACAUACUCAUAUGCAUAGAUAUAUAUGUGUCUGCAUUUUACAUAUAUAUAUAAUAUGCACAUACAUGUGCAUCUGUAUGUGUGUGUGUGUAUAUAUAUAUAUAUAUAUAUAUACAUACACACACACACACACACACACACAUGCAUACAUACAUGUAUACACACCACACACAAACACAUAUAUAAAGUCUCUUAUUACUUAUUUAAACUCUUACACUCUUGCUAACAGAGCAUCAUGGAUUUUUAUUAGCCCAGCUGCAACUUUGCCAAUUGUUUUUUCUUUUGGCAUAUCAGUAAUUUGAUUUAUUAAAGCAAAUACCAAAGUAGUUAAUGAAAAGGCAGAAAAAUUUAUUAAACCUUGUCAGAUUAGUUGCCGUCAUUUAAUGAAAAAAAAAAAAGUACCUUUCGUUCAUUUGUGACUUUAAAUUCUUUCACUUUUAUAUUUUCCUUUGUUUUGCUGUUUUAUGUCUCUUUAGUUUUACAACAUCAUACUAGAUUAUUUUGUAACAAGAAUAUGGCCAAUGCAGUUUUGUUUUCAUUCAGCCAAGCUGGUUUCUUUUCUUUUUUUUCCUUCAUUUUCUUAAUUCAGCACUUCAUAUACAUGUGGAGUUCAGACAUUUACAUACACUGUGCAUUUGUCUGGUGUCGUGACUUUUAGAAACUCUCAACUCUAGUAUAAAUCACUAUGCAGUUGCUUCCCAGAAGAAUUAGUUUUUCCUUUCUCUUAGCACCAUUUUUGUUAUUGGCUUAUGACUUACUUUUUUUUCCUCUAUACAGAUAAUGAACAUGGUUCUUUUCCUUUCUAAUUAUAUUUUCCUCUACUACUACUACUAUUAUUUUAAUAUUACUUUUAUUGCAAAUUAUUAUUAUAUUUGUUUCUAAAGUGUUUAGAAAAGCAAAAAGAUUCAAAGAUGUUGGACAAAACUCCUAAGUCUUCCUUGUUUUAAUUUUAUUUUCCAUUUCAAUUAAGAAUUGUUUAACUACAUUCUAUAUUUCUAAUUCUUUAGUUUAGAUUACAUUUAUACAUAGACCAAUAUGAUUUUCAUUUCUCUUCAUAAAUUUUCCAACUAAUGAAGCUUGUGUAGUCUCCCUUCACUAUAAGUCUUCUCAUAUUAGGCUUUUAAAUAUAGCUGGCGUAUUUAUUUUGCCAUGUUUUCAUUUGCUGUUUUACCUCCAUAUUCACAAAUGAUCUGUUUGCACUAACCUCAAUUUUUUAGCAAGUGCUCAAAGAUAAAGGUUGAUUGGCAAUUUAUAUACGGGACAGCUCCAAAAGUUCUCUUGAUCCCAUGAUGUCACUUCAAAUUAAAAGAAAUGUAGCUGCACCUACUUUCCCUACUAAGACAAUAAUUACUUGUUGUUAUUAUUCUUAUUUCUCCUGUCAUAUCCACUGAAACAAGAACCUAUUUAUUUUAUUUAUAAAAAAUUCUUUUAUAUACUUUAUAUUAUUAUCUCUUGUCCUUUAUGAAAUUCUAUUAAGAAAAUGUAGAUGUUUGAAUCUUCAGCACCCUUGCUAGACAAGCGGUAAUUUUAAAGUUGUCAGUUUUGGCAACUAAUUGACAGAUGUGAGGCUAUGCAUUACCCUGGGGGGAGAUAGGAAUGAUUUAUUUUGAUUGUUUUUGGGGUUUUUUUGUCUUUUUUUGUCUUUUGUUUCUUUUUGUGACUUUUAUAUUAUCACAAUUUUUAUUUGUAAGUUAUUUUUAUUUAUUGCUUAAUUAGAGACACCUCACAAACACUAUUUAAUUAACAUUUUUCACUGUCUGUCUGUAUCUUCAGUUUUGUACACUGUAUUCUUGUAAAAAUCUGGAAGUGACAGUAAAUAAGAAACAAAAUAACAGCAAAAAUAUCAAUAAAUAUAAUAAAAGUAAAAAAAAAA